AUCGAGCGAGAGUAACACGGCCGCCGCUAUCAUCACCAAUAGCCAAGAUGGCGUCGCAGACGGAUGAUGCGAACACCCAAACGGCGCCUGCCGACUCGAAGCAGCAGCAGACGCCGGCGUCUUCCUCCACAUCCUCCGCAACAAGGUCAGCCGCCGAGGCCGCCGCUGCCCGCCUUCACCGACCCAUCCUGCAGUCACUGCCGGAAUCGAGACCGCAAUCAUUCGACGAGAUUUAUGGGCCGCCCGAGAAUUUCCUAGAAAUCGAGGUCCGCAACCCGCGUACGCAUGGCAUCGGCCGGCACAUGUACACCGACUACGAGAUCGUGUGCCGCACCAACAUCCCGGCCUUCAAGGUGCGCCACUCGAGCGUGCGGCGGCGCUACUCGGACUUUGAGUACUUCCGCGACAUUCUCGAGCGCGAGAGCGCCCGCGUCACCAUCCCCCCGCUGCCCGGCAAGGUGUUCACGAACCGGUUCAGCGACGACGUGAUCGAGGGCCGCCGCGCCGGCCUCGAGAAGUUCCUCAAGAUCGUCGUCGGCCACCCGCUGCUACAGACGGGGAGCAAGGUCCUGGCCGCCUUUGUGCAGGAUCCCAACUGGGACCGCAACGCCUGGUGACGCUGCACGAGCAACUCGCCAUGCAUCUCAUCUCCUCCUCCUCCUCCUCCUCCUACUCCACCGCGAACACAACAACAACCACCACCACCACCACCAUCAUUAUCAUCAUCCGCGUCGGGGGGGAGGCUGAUGCUGUCCAAGUGGAGACUGCUGCGGGGAGAGAGAGACAGGGACGACACCAACAACCGCAGAGAGGAUUCGAACGCCCCAGGGCAUCCCUCGCGGCCUCCGCGGAAAUUGCGGAAACGGCCGCCCAGGGGAUGGCUUGAGGCGCAUAAGCUGGGGGAUUAACAUUGGGUUUUGGCUUGACUCUCUUGACGUUUUCCCCGGCCUCUGUGCCAGGUUGGAAACACAAAGCAACUUAGGGUUAUGGGCAAGGGCAGGAUUGCUCAUUCGGGAAGACUGCUCCAGAUUGCAAGGAUACAUGGCUUCGGAGCAAUCAUGGUCUCAAGGCAGCGGAGGUGCUUAUGCUAGGAUGGUGUAUCGUUCUAUGUAUUUCAGCGCGUCAAUGGCGUGGGGGAGUCAAGUUGGGUUUUUGAGGGUACUUUCUUCUAUGUACUGUCUCUCGUUUUUCUUUUUUUUCCCCUGCUGGUCUUUUCGUCAUAUUUCUUCGUUUUCUCUCAUUCGCCAGGCUCUCUGGCGCAGACAGCGCGAGAUAUCCUACAUAGCUGCAGACUGACUACUUUGAACGUAUUCAGCAACGAGAUCAAUCUCAAACUUUGUGGCUCAUCG